GGUAUACAACGGCGGCGAUACCCUCAUCCCUUCCGUGCCCUCCAUGUUGGGUAGGAGGGUGGACCAAUCGUGUUGCAGCCCCGGGAAUGAGGAUGGUACGUCGGGCUGGGGCAAGGGCGUCAAGUCGGACAAUCCAGAGCCAGAGCCAGAGCCAGAUCCAGAAAAGGAAGAGAAGGAAGAGAGCGAGACGACUUGUUUGACCAACCCUUCCAGGAGCCCGACGCGUUCGCGGAGAUCCCGGUUCUGGGCGAGGAGGAGCUUGAUGUCGUCUGUCCUUUCCGUCCCUUCUUCUGCGCGAGAAGGCGGGGGGGACGGCGGGACACCCACGGCAGAUGACAGAGUGUGAGGGAGGGUAUGGGUGGAGGGGGGGAGGUCGAGGUCUGCAGGCGGGGGCGCGACGGAGGAGAGGUUGACGCCCGAGGAGCCGCUUGCGACGAGCUCUGUGGGCAGGCCGAGGUCUGUUGCGAGGGAGAUGACGCUUUGGGCGGGGCUUGCUUCGCGCUUGACAUGUGAAGAGGAGGAGGAUGCGGGAGAUACCGCUCGGGCACCCGCGGGCGACGCGGGAGGGGACGCCGCUUUGAGCGCCUUGUUCUCAUUCUCCAGCUCCACCACGCGUUGCUCGAGCCACACGAGGUGCUGUUUGCGCUGGUUCCGGGACCUUUGGGCGGACUCUCUAUUACGCAUCGUCUUCACGUGUAUCAGCGUUGAACGUGCACAGAGGAGGGGGGGACUUACACGAGCCUCUUUGCGAGCGGCUUUAGCUCUUGCUUCGUCAUCCUCCCCAACACCACCACCACCACCUGUCCCAGCAUCACCAUACGCGCUCCCGCUCCCGUCGAUGCUCUGGUCCAAGUCGGCGAUGGAGGCGAGCGGCGGAGAGUCGUCCCUCGCGUCCCUUUCGCGGCGUGGGUGUUUUGCCGGGUGCUCGGGGGUGGGAGUAGGGGCGGGGCGUUUUGUGCUGGAGGCCAUUUUAAUAUACAGGGGGGGUGGAGAUGGAGAUGAGAAAGAGGAAGAUCUGGAUCUGGUGGAAAGACAAUGGAAAGGAAAAGAGGGCCGCGGGCUGCCAAGGGGCGGUGCUCGGCCGGUGUGGGAUUUUGGUGCCGCUAAUCCUCCCGCGGAGGGAGUGUAAUGAAAGUGUAAUCGAAGUGUAAUGGGCGGGCCUGGGCCUUCCUUUGUCCUUGUACUGUGUGAUGUAUGCGGUGCCAUGGCG